CUUGUUAGUGCUCACGCCUGUACCUGUUGGCUAAUACGUCGGGCUGAGACACCUGUUAGACAGAGAAAGACUUUUCCUCUGUUCACACCAACCACGCUCACUAGGACACAGAUCCUCAACAAAUCUUCCUGUGCUGGAUAUAAAGUGACAGCAGUGGCCUGCAAAGAAAAGAGAAAAAAGAAGAGAGCGAGAACCCCGUGAAACAAGCAUGUCAAAAGAGGGAGACAGAGCGUCCGUGCUGCGUACCACCAAAGUCCGGACAAGGCUGAGGGGAGACGCCAGCUGGUUGCAACGCAGCAAUGACUCUAAGGAUGAAACGCAAGAGGAGAAACCAUGGAUAGCAGAAGUUAAAGCCAGCCGUCUGAGCGGAGCCCCUGCUGACACCAGUCCAGUGUCUUCGCCAACAAAUUCUACUCCGCCACCAACCAAGUCUGACACGGAGAGGCAGCCAACAUCCGGAUACCUUAUCAGGGGUGUUUUCACUAAAGUGGACAAGCCUCCUCCAUCCUCACCAUCUAACGGCUUUAGCAAAACACCGCAAUUCAACAAAAAGCCUUCAGAGACCUACAAGAAAAUAGCCCCCCACACUGUGCGGUCUGCUGCAGAGAAACAGGAGGGCCAGCUUAGCCUCGAGGAGCUGGAGAAGCGGACGGAGAAAGCCAGUAAUGUUCUGACGAAAUCUGCAGCCAGGCAACGGUCUUACGUGCUUUCAGCUGCAAAGAAAUACGAGUCUCAAGAAACGCCUGACACAUCGCUCAGCAAUAGCAGUCCAGCAUUUGUGGCUACAAGGGUGGAGAUUACUGAUGAUGAUGAGCCUUCUGAGACUCCUGCACCUGCCAGCGCUGUGCUGCCAUCCCCUGUUGUUCCUGUCACAUCUGUUGCAUCCAAGCCUGCGCCCGAACCUCAGAAAAUUGCUGACACCAGCACUAAGACAGCUGCUGCUGUGAGUGUUAAUGAGCCGGUUGCUCCAAAGUUGGAGAAGAAGGCCACCCCAGAGCCUGCAAAAGAAGAGACCCCUCAAGUGUCUGUUACACAAGAACAGCCAACUUUUGACACCAAGGUGGCUGCUCCCCUCCCUGAACUAAUCAAAGAUUGUCUUCAAGUAGCCUCUAAAGAGCCACAACCCAAAGAGUCUGGGCAGACUAAAACGCCUCUGGUUGAUCUUUCGCCACCAUCAAAACCCCCAAUAUCAUCUAAUCAAAAGUCCCCUGAGUCGACCACUGCAACGUCUCCUGUCCCGACCUCCACUGUCACCAAGUCACCUGCACCUGUGUCCCCCGAUGUGACUUCAACUCCUGAAAAAUCAGAUGUCAAAGUGUCUCCUGUCCCGACCUCCACUGUCACAACCUCCACUGUCCCGACCUCCACUGUCCCGACCUCUACUGUCACCAAGUCGCCUGCUCCUGUGUCCCCUGAUGUGGCUUCAACCCCUGAAAAAUCAGAUGUUAAAGUGUCCUCUGUCCCAACCUCCACUGUCACCAAGUCACCUGUCCCAGUGCCUGCUGUAACAGAAUCUGGACUGAACACAAAACCUGAACCCAAAAUGGAACCAGAGCCACAGACUAAAUUGCCUCCAAAACCAAGCUCCGCUGCUGACACGCUCCCUGCUCUGUCCAACACUCUGAUUUCUUUCGACACCAGUUCAUCCAGUAGCUUUAAGAAUGAUGAGGAAGCCCUGGCAAACCAAAAAGGAGACUCAGCGGACGAUCACCCCACAGAGAACAGUGCUGAACAGAAGCCAGAUUCAGAGCUCAACAACUGUGAACCAAUAACAGACGAUCUCCUGGGUUUCACUGAUGGUCCAGAGGAGCCAGCAGAGCCUGUUCCCCCCAGCCCAGGACGCUGGAGUCAGGAUCUGCUUGGUGGAAUGGACAGUAAGCCAAACCCAGUGAAGACCAGCGGCACUCUGGAUCUUCUGGCAAAUGAUGUCAUUGUAAGAGGCACAGAGGCACACAGCCUCAGCAUGCAGCGAGAGGAGGAGAAGCAGACAGACAAGACAGCCAAAGAAACACAAAGUGAAGAGGACAAUGCGGAUCCCUGGAGCUCACGUGUGACAACAGUGACAACCGUAGUCACUAAAUCAAGCUCGGCUGAUCCAUUUGAUCCAUAUCCGAUAGGGACCACAUCCCCUAACAGCUCCUCUGACCUGCGCCAGCCCCUCUCUGAUAGUUCCAUCAACAGUAUGGGCAGUAAUGCCUUGCGGUCCCUUGCAGAUGACAUCAUCCCUUUCAACACUGACAAAACAAGCACUCAGCGGUCAUGGGAAACCAACACAGUCCAGGAGUCGAACACAGAGGAGAGCCAAGAAGCGCAACCAGAAGCAGAAGGCCAAGCUGAAGAUCAACAGACAGUCAUCAUGUUUGAGAGGAAGUCCCUUGAGAAUGACUCUCCGUGGGACCGAUGGACAUCACCGACUGUCUAUACCAUCCCCACAGAAGAGGAGGAGGACGACGACGAAGAAGAAGAAGAAGAGAAGCAAGAAGAGGAGCAGGGAAGGUAUCUUCGCACUGAGGAUACACAAACGGUCACAACUAUCACUACCAUCAGGGAGAUACGCAGUGAGCCUGAGCCCUCCAUGGAUCGUUUUGAUACCUAUUCCAGGACCAUAAGAGAAGAGGAGCAGAGAGUCAAAACCCCAGAGCCUGAAACCAAAAAGCCGUUUGUGUUUGUGAAGGAGUAUGUCAAUGCAACGCAGAACCCCAGAGACACGCUCAAUAGGUCAGAUUACCUGACUUCAAGCUCCACCAGCUAUUCUUACAGCAGCCCAUCUCUUUACUCCAGCUACUCCAGGAUCCCACCGUCAUCUACCUGUACAUACUGCGGAGAGCAGGUGGGAAAUGAUGCCAAGAUUACCAUUGAGCACCUCAACAUCAACUGCCAUCCUUCCUGCUUCAAGUGUGAUAUGUGUAAGAAACCCAUGGGAGACCUUCUCCACAGUAUGUUCCUGCACGGUGGGAAAGUCCACUGCGAGACCUGCUACAGGGCCAUCUGAUCAUCAAGAGCUUCGCAGACCUCCUCUCUCUCCUUUCUGUCAUGUUAAUUCGCGCACAAAGCGAGAACUGCUCUUUUUUUCAAAGUUUGCACUGCAUUUGUUUGAACUCCUGAUUCAUGUAGCUUAAAGUGACCGGCGAGUAUGAUUUCUUAAACUUGAUAAUGACAUAUUUUAAAACCUUGCGUUGUGUUUUGAUGGUGGUGAAAGCUUUAUCUGCUUCGGUUUACUAUGAAGGAUACGUCUGUCCAACAUCACACACGGAUGUGAACAGAUUAAUACUGGUGAGAGGGAUACAAGAAUUUAGCAACAAUAGGAAAUAAAAUAAAAAAAGAACUUGGUUACAAAAUGUUUACUUAAUUUUUGCUCUUCUUGAUACAAAAUAGUGUUUGCAUGUAUGAUGCUUUGUUAGCAAAAUAAAACAAUUUCUAUAA